GAGGGGAAGCGCCGCCCCCGCCGCCGCCGAGCGCACGGGGCCAUGUCGGCUCCGCGGGCCGCGGCGCGGGAGCGCGGCCCGGGGCUGGGGCCGGAGCCGGGCAGCAGCACGCAGACAUCGCACCGGCUGCUGGCCUACAGCGACGCGCUGCUGUCCAUCAUCGCCACCGUGAUGAUUUUGCCGGUGGCUCACACAAAAAUACAUCCCGACCAGAAAUUAGGUGAAAGUGUUCAGCAACUUCUUCUAGCAAAAAUUGCAGUCUACUUGAUGACCUUUUUAAUAGUCACAGUGGCAUGGGCAGCUCAUGUAAGGUUGUUUCAGGUGAUAGAACAUAUAGAUGAUGUCCUGGCUCUUCUAAAUCUGGCUUGUAUGAUGAUCAUAACCUUCUUGCCAUAUACAUUUUCCUUAAUGGCCUCCUUUCCAGGGGUACCUUUUGGCAUCUUCCUGUUCAGUGUCUGUGCUGUUGUCAUUGGCCUUAUACAGGCUGUGAUAGUAGCAUAUGGAUUCUAUCACCCACACUUACUUAAUCAACAGAUACAGGAGUCUGAAAAUCAGAAUUUCUAUAAACAUCAUAUCUUAAAGAUUAUCCUAAGAGGACCAAUUUUAUGCUUUUUAGCAGCCAUCUUUUCUUUUUUCUUUAUUCCUUUGUCUUACGUACUUCUUGGACUUGUAAUAGUUUUUCCGCAUCUCACUCGAUUAAUUACAUGGUGUAAAAACAAAAUUCUUGGUCAGAGAGGUGAAGAGGAGGAACAUCAUAGCUUAGAAACCUUCACAUUUUACCUCAGUGAGCCUCUGAGUAAGGAACGAGUAGAAGCAUUCAGUGAUGGAGUCUAUGCCAUUGUAGCAACCCUGCUCAUUUUGGAUAUAUGUGAAGACAAUGUUCCUGAUCCCAGAGAAGUUGAGGAGAAGUUCCAUGGCAGUCUUCUUGAAGCUUUAAGUGAAUAUGGGCCAAACUACCUUGCUUACUUUGGCUCAUUUGUGACAAUUGGUCUCCUGUGGUUUGUCCAUCACUCUCUUUUCCUUUAUGUAACAAAAGCUACCCGGUUAAUGGGACUGCUUAACAUACUUUCCUUGGCUUUCAUUGGUGGGCUUCCUCUAGCAUACCAGCUGACCAGUGAAUUUGCAGAAAAGUCUCAUAAUGAAAUAGAAGCCAUUCAGGUCAGCUGUGUUAUCACUUUCUUUGCCAGCAUAUUUCAGUUUGCAAUAUGGACUACAGCCCUUCUCAAUGAAGAGGAAACUUUGCAUGCCUUUGCUCGAUAUGGUGGUAAGGAGCAUGCCUUCAUGUUUGCCAAGCUGGCUCUUUACCCGUGCGUAAGCCUGGGGGCCUUCUUUCUAACUUGCUUGUUAAGUGAAUUUAGCACAGCAAUUUUCCAUCUUAUGCAGAUUGUAAUCCCGUUCGCUUUUCUUGCCUUGCGCAUUUUUGUUAGAAUUUCUUUAACUGCCCUAAAGUCUGUGAUGUCUCUCUCCAGACGGAAGGUUGUGUUGUUAGAAGAAGAGGAGGCAUGUUUGUCUCCAAAUGAAACACUGUCCUAAAUUUCCGCACAGUGCAUGUGAAGUUAUGAGAUCAACUUCAGCUCCUCUGACUCGCAUUAUGUUUGUGUGUGGAUUAUACUGAUGUAAACCAAAGCCUGUAUUGACCAUAACUGGGGCAUAUUUAUGUUUAAGCUGGCCAUGCUCAAGACCCUUUCUCCAAAAUCUGCUAUUGAAAAUAUUGGAUAAAGAGGGGAUGCAAAGAAAAGCAUGUUCCCCUUCUUUUAGGAUUGCCUUAUAGAAAAAAAAUGCUGCUUGACAUGUAACUGCAGCAAUGAUCAAUUAAGAAGUACGCAGAUACCCAGGAAAAUGGCAGCCAAAUACAGAAGCUGGUUGAACUUCUAUGUAAGAGAAUGUGAGGCAUGGAAAACAGGGAGACAUCUGGAUUUCUGGAUGUUACAUCAUAGUAGAACAUAUGUGUGUACAAGUUACUGUUUUUGGGAGUUUUUUUAAAUUUUUUUAAAAGUUAAAUUUUUUAAUAGUUUUUUUCAAUGGUCUGUUCUGCUUAGCCACAAACAGGGGGUAGCAGUUGGAAAUCUAACUGUGUUUGAGUGGCUCUGUGUGAGUUUAGAUGGGAGUUGCAAUUGUGAUAGCAGUCUUCCAAGCCAUCUGAACACAAGUUCUUUGGCCAUAUCUAUCUUUUUUUAAAAAAGAGUCUAACAAAUGAAGAUUCAUGUGGCUUUGCAUCGAAGUUUUAACUAGCUUUGAUAUUUUCUGAGGGAAAAGAGCUCUGUGAUUACACGUAAGGUUUUUUCUGUUCUGCACUUCUCAUCUGAAGUGUUUUAAUUUCUCAGGCUUUUUGUGUCUGUUUUUUGUCUGGCAAUGGAACAUCCUUCUGUUAUUCAGAAGGCAUGGUGUCAUAUUCAAGGAGAGUAUGAGACUGCAGUGUGUGAGAGUUCCACAAUCAGGUAAGGGAGUUGAGGGAGUUGAGCUUUCUCCUGAGUUGUGGACAGCUAAGGG